AUGUCAGAAACUCUUGGAACAAAACGUUCUCCAAACAAUAAAGUGGCUGCAGAACCUUCAAAGAAGACCAAGUUAGAUGGAGAAUAUUAUGAUUUGCCAGUGACUUCUGUAGAAUCUGAAACGAAUACUACUGAAUGGGAUUUAUCUUCAGCAUCAGCGCAAAUAGCAAAAGCUUCGAAACUAAGAAAAUACAUCAAUAGUGACAUAGCAGACAAAGUCUUAAAAACGUACAAGACAAGUGUUCUGCCAGGUGAAAAACUUACAUAUGAGGGAGUAAAUGUAUUAAAUUCUGCAUAUUCAGUCAUGAAGGAUUGUGAUAAUGAAGCUGUCAAUUUUGAUAGUGAGAAAAAAAUUGAUAAAUUUAUUGUGGAUUGCGAGGAAGAUGUUCUAAAUUAUUUGGAUAAGUUUUACGAAGUGAAUGAUUUAGAGUCUUUAGGAAAGUGUUUGGAUGAACAUCAA